AUGUCGCAAUUUGUCAACAGUCUCCUACCCAGUAAUAUCAGGGUUGAAUCUCUUGAGACAGGUAUCGACCUCAAAGCUAUCGUCAACGAAUUUCAACAUUGGACCGACAAAGAAACCGAUCGUGGAAGCUGCAGUUCGCAGCCAACACUCCCUGGUGAUGUAGCCCAAGAGAACAACCCGGGCAUAUUGAAUGAGUCCUCAAGCCCACAGCUUAAUCCGAUUCGAGGCCUCCCGCUCGACGUUACUUGCAAAACGCUUGUGGAAGCAUAUUUUAAUCAAUUCCACCGAACCUACCCAAUUUUCAACAAGAACACAAUAGAAGCCGAGGUUGCAGGCAUGGCUUUCCUUUUUGAACAUGAGCCCAUUGAUAUCAAUUUCAGGUCUGUGAGAGCAUAUUUGAUUAUGACACUUGGUGCCGCGCUACUUCAUCGCUCCCGAAGAGUUAGUGACGAGACUCUUGCUAGCUUCCGCGUACCUUACCACGAAGUUGUCCGUAUCUGUUUGGAAGAUCCUUCAGUGGAGUCAAUUCAGAUUCUUCACCUACUGGCUUUGCAGUCCAUUCACGAUCCUCAAGGCUGGCAGCCUUGGGUUAUCACUGGUUUUCUUGGCCGCCAAGCUAUGUCCAUUGGAUUGAACCAAAACGCAAAACCUAGUUCUCAGGCAACAUUUUUUGAAAUGGAGUGGCGCCAUCGACUCUUCUGGUCUAUCUUCUCAAUGGAUCGGCUCGUUUCAGUCUCCUACGGCUUGCCAUUUGCCAUCGAAGAGAACGACUUCAACGUGCCGCUUCCCGGUGUGACCAUGGAAGAAUUUGCAUCUUCACAACAAGCGGACUACCUGCUUACGCUGCAAAUUGCGCGACAGUCGAUCGCCCUCCGUGAUUUGGAGGGGAAAAUGUUGUCGCAGAUUCACCUCGAGACUAGGGAGCAUCAAACCCAGUUCGCACACGGCAGAGACCACCACCACCAUGUCAUUGACAGAUUUUGUGCCCAAGCCCAAGACUGGUACACUCAAGGCUGCUUAUAUUCCCGGAUGGAUGACAGCGACGUGCCAAUUCACACUACCAUCUCGUGGUUGACAGUCAAUUACCAUAGAAUUCUGGCUAUGUUGUAUUAUCCAUCGAAACUCAACUCGCAGAGCAGCACGUACGGACCAGGUCGACUUCAGCAUAUUGCUCAAACGUAUGUCCAGAGUUUGCAUGUGCAAUUUCAGGAUGGACAUUUGGCGUUCAGCCACAUCACUAUCAACAGGCUGCUAGUCAUCUGUCGCAUUCUCCUUUACUGCUACUCGUCGAUGACCGAACACGCUGAUCUAGAAGAUGUCAUUGAUAAAUCCAUUAUAAUACUCGAGGAAUUUUCGCCGGCAUGGGAGUCUGCUCAGCUUUGUUCUCUACAGUUCCAGCAAUUCAAACGAAUUGCCGCCACAACAUACGAGGAAAACGACACCACAAGCCCUAUGUCGACUACAACAGAACAUUGCACAUUAGAGUCUUUAAUCGAUCAGUCGGAAACUCUCAUAGAGAAGGUUAUGGGUCCUUCGAGCAUCCAUAACUAUCUUGCAAUAGCCCGUAGCUCAUAUAGAGCACAGAUGAACGAGGGUGUGUACUCUCACGACAACGCCUUCCGCCCAGAUGGCUGA